GCCGCAGGGCUCGGGAGCAGAGCCGGGCAGGUGGGGGGACGAUCCCGGGCCGCGCGCGUCCUCUCGGUGGCGAGACGCCCCCUCCCCCACCCGCGCCUGUGCCAAAGGCGCGGACCCGGCCCGGCCUAGGGGAGGGAUCGUGGGACCCCGCACGGCUCCCAGAAGCCCCCCGUCCCCCGGCUGCAGCUCGGGGCGGGGCCGCGCCUCCCUCCCCCUUCCCGCCUCCCGUCCCCGGACACCUGAGCGGCGGCGGCGGCGACUCCCGCGCUCGCUGCCGGGCUGGGCGCGGCGCCGCUCAGGUCCUCGCUGCCGACCCAGGUGCGCGCAGACCCAAGGCCCCCCGGGGGUGCGGAUCCGCCCCCGACUCACUGAGCGGCCGCCGGAGCCAGUUCUGGAAACUUCUCCCGUCUCCCUGCCCUGGGCUCCUGGAGCACUGACAGCGUCUGCCUUAGGAGGCCUCCUGCAGGGCUCGGCCUGCCCACACCUGUGGGACGGUGGCCGCCAUGCCACGCAGCCCGACAUCCAGCGAGGACGAGAUGGCCCAGAGCUUCUCCGACUACUCCGUGGGGUCGGAGUCAGACAGCUCCAAGGAGGAAACCAUCUAUGACACCAUCCGGGCCACCGCAGAGAAGCCCGGCGGCGCCAGGACGGAGGAGAGUCAGGCCAACACGCUCGUCAUCCGCAUCAUCAUCCAGGACCUGCAGCAGACGAAGUGCAUUCGGUUUAACCCCGACGCUACAGUGUGGGUUGCAAAGCAGCGGAUCCUGUGCACGUUGAACCAGAGCCUGAAAGACGUCCUGAACUACGGGCUGUUCCAGCCGGCCAGCAACGGGCGCGACGGGAAAUUCCUGGACGAGGAGCGGCUUCUCCGCGAGUAUCCGCAGCCCGUGGACAAGGACAUCCCUUCCCUGGAGUUUCGCUAUAAGAAGCGGGUGUAUAAACAACCCAACCUGGACGAGAAGCAGCUGGCCAAGCUACACGCCAAGACCAACCUGAAAAAAUGCAUGGACCACAUCCAGCACCGCGCGGUGGAGAAGCUCGUCAAGAUGCUGGACAGGGGCCUGGACCCCAAUUUCCAUGAUCCGGACACCGGAGAGACACCCCUGACCUUAGCAGUGCAGCUGGAUGACCCCGUGGAGCUGAUCAAAGCCCUCAAAAAUGGCGGUGCACAUCUGGACUUCCGUGCCAAAGAUGGGAUGACGGCCCUGCACAAAGCCGCCCGCGCGAGGAACCAGUUUGCCCUGAAGACACUUUUAGAACUGGGAGCAUCUCCGGAUUAUAAAGACAGCUACGGCCUCACCCCGCUGUAUCACACGGCGAUCGUCGGGGGAGAUCCUUACUGCUGCGAGCUUCUCCUGCAUGAGCACGCCACCGUCUGCUGCAGGGAUGAGAACGGCUGGCACGAAAUCCACCAGGCCUGCCGGUAUGGACACGUCCAGCACCUGGAGCACCUGCUUUUCUACGGGGCAGACAUGGGGGCCCAGAACGCCUCAGGGAACACUGCACUGCACAUCUGCGCCCUCUACAACCAGGACAGCUGUGCAAGAGUGCUGCUGUUUCGAGGCGGAAAUAAGGAAUUAAAAAACUACAACAGCCAGACUCCGUUUCAGGUGGCGAUCAUAGCAGGCAACUUUGAGCUGGCAGAAUACAUCAAGAACCACAAAGAGACAGACGUCGUGCCCUUCCGGGAGGCCCCGGCCUACUCGAACCGCAGGCGCCGGCCCCCCAGCACGCUGGCCGCCCCCCGGGUGCUGCUGCGCUCCAACAGCGACAACAACCUCAAUGCGGGCACGCCCGAGUGGGCUGUGUGCGCCGUGGCGCCCGCCCACCGCAGCCUCUCGCCCCAGCUGCUGCAGCCGGUGCCCGGCCCCCCCGAUGGCGCCGUGAAGACCGCCGGCAGCUACGUACCCGGGCCCCGCAGCCGGUCCCCAUCGCUCAACAGGCUGGGCGGCGCGGCUGAGAGCAGCAAGAGACAGCAGCAGCCCUGGCACCUCGGGUCUGCGUUUGCUCCUGCUGCCACCAGGGAGCCCCUCUCCGCCUUCGAGUACCCGGGGCCCAAGCGGAAGCUGUACAGCGCGGUGCCCGGGCGGGUGUUUGUCGUUGUCAAGCCAUACCAACCCCAAGUCGAUGGCGAGAUCCCCCUUCACCGCGGCGACAGGGUCAAAGUUCUGAGCAUCGGCGAAGGGGGCUUCUGGGAAGGCAGUGCCCGCGGCCACGUGGGAUGGUUUCCGGCCGAGUGUGUGGAGGAGGUGCAGUGUAAGCCGAAGGACAGCCUGGCAGAAACCCGCGUGGAUCGCAGCAAGAAGCUCUUCAGGCAUUACACGGUCGGCUCUUAUGACAGCUUUGAUGCGUCCAGUGACUGCAUUAUCGAGGAGAAGACGGUGGUCCUGCAGAAGAAGGACAAUGAGGGUUUUGGAUUUGUGCUCCGCGGGGCGAAAGCCGACACACCCAUCGAGGAAUUCACACCAACGCCCGCCUUCCCGGCCCUGCAGUACCUGGAGUCCGUGGACGAAGGCGGGGUGGCGUGGCAAGCCGGGCUGAGGACCGGGGACUUCCUGAUCGAGGUCAACAACGAGAACGUGGUGAAAGUCGGCCACAGGCAGGUGGUGAACAUGAUCCGCCAGGGAGGAAACCACCUGGUGCUCAAGGUGGUCACGGUGACCAGGAGCCUGGACCCGGACGACACGGCCAGGAAGAAAGCUCCCCCGCCUCCGAAGCGCGCUCCCACCACAGCCCUCACGCUGCGCUCCAAGUCCAUGACCUCAGAGCUGGAGGAGCUCGUGGAUAAAGCCUCCGUGCGGAAGAAGAAGGAGAAACCCGAGGAGAGAGUCCCAGCCCCCAAGCCUUCCAGAGCUGCAGAGAGCGUGGCCGUGGAGUCGCGGGUGGCGACCAUCAAGCAGCGGCCGGCCAGCCGAGGCUUCCCGUCUGUCUCUGACAUGAACUCCAUGUAUGAACGCCAAGGGAUAGCCAUGAUGACACCCACCGUUCCUGGUAGCCCAAAAGGCCCGUUCCUGGGCAUCCCUCGAGGUACGAUGCGAAGGCAGAAAUCGAUAGACAGCAGACUCUUUCUAUCAGGCAUCACAGAGGAAGAGCGGCAGUUCUUGGCACCACCGAUGCUCAAGUUCACCCGGAGCCUGUCCAUGCCCGACACCUCGGAGGACAUCCCCCCGCCGCCGCAGUCCGUGCCCCCGUCCCCACCCCCACCCUCCCCCACCGCUUACAACUGCCCCAAGUCCCCCACUCCAAGGGUCUAUGGGACGAUCAAGCCCGCAUUCAACCAGAAUCCUGCGGCCAAGGUCUCCCCGUCCACGCGGUCCGACACCGUGGCCACCAUGGUGAGGGAGAAGGGGCUGUACUACAGGAGAGAGCUCGACCGCUACUCCCUGGACUCUGACGACCUGUACAGCCGGAACGCCGCCGCCCAGGCCAACUUCCGCACCAGGAGGGGCCAGAUGCCCGAGAACCCGUACUCGGAGGUGGGGAAGAUCGCCAAUAAGGCAGUGUACGUGCCUGCCAAGCCCGCCAGGCGUAAGGGCAUGCUGGUGAAGCAGUCCAACGUGGAGGACAGCCCCGAGAAGACGUGCUCCAUCCCCAUCCCCACCAUCAUCGUGAAGGAGCCCUCAACCAGCAGCAGCGGCAAGAGCAGCCAGGGCAGCAGCAUGGAGAUCGACCCCCAGGCGUCGGAGCAGCCGGGCCAGCUGCGGCCUGAUGACGGCCUGACCGUCAGCAGCCCCUUUGCAGCGGCCAUCGCCGGCGCCGUCCGGGACCGGGAGAAGCGGCUGGAGGCCAGGAGGAACUCCCCAGCCUUCCUCUCCACAGACCUGGGCGAUGAGGAUGUGGGCCUGGGGCCGCCCGUGCCCAGGGCGCGGCCCUCCAAGCUCCCCGAGGAGGAAGGGUUUGGCAACGAGGACAGCACCGAGCCGCUGUCAUCGCCCGUGCCAGGCGCCACACCCAGGGAGCCCGAGAACCAUUUUGGUGGCAGUGGUGAGGCCGGCAUGCAGGGGGAGGCCGGGAGGCCACCGAGCACUGCACCCAAGGUCCAGGGGCCCGAAGGCAGCCCCGCCACACCCGGCAAGGGCAGCAACGUGACCGGCCCUGAGAACUACGUUCACCCGCUCACAGGGCGGCUGCUCGACCCCAGCUCACCACUGGCCCUGGCACUGUCAGCAAGGGACCGUGCCAUGCAGGAGUCCCAGCAGGGACCCAAGGGGGAGGCCCCCAAGGCCGACCUCAACAAGCCUCUCUACAUCGAUACCAAAAUGCGGCCCACCGUGGAUGCGGCCUUCCCUGCCAUCACCAGGCAGAACACGCGGGGCCCCCUGCGAAGGCAAGAGACAGAGAACAAGUACGAGACAGAGCUCGGCAGAGACGGGAAGGGGGAUGACAAGAAGAACAUGCUGGUCAACAUCGUGGAUACGUCCCGGCAGAAACCCGCCGGGCUGCUCAUGGUGCACACUGUUGCCGCCAGGGCGGGUGGCUCCCUGGAGGAGGAGGAGGAGGAGGAGGAGGAGGAGGAGGAGGAAGAGGAGGAGGAGGAGGACGAUGAGGGCGCGGACAUGGAGGCCGAGCCGGACGGCUUGCCCUCCGAGGGGCCAGAGGGCAUUUCCGAAACCGAAGGUGCUUUCCAGGUCUCCGCUGCGCCCGGCAGAGCCAUGGCAGCGGCCAGCUCCGUGGAAGAGGCAGUCAUCUUGCCCUUCCGUAUCCCUCCUCCCCCGCUGGCGUCUGUGGAUCUGGACGAAGACUUUAUUUUUACAGAGCCAUUGCCUCCUCCCCUGGAAUUUGCAAAUAGUUUUGAUAUCCCUGAUGACCGUGCCGCUUCUGUGCCCGCUCUGGCAGACUUGAUCAAGCAGAAAAAAAACGACCCCCCUCCGUCCCCUUCAUUGAACUCCAGCCAGCCGCCCAGUGCCGCAGACGGCAAGAGACCAGCUGGUCUUUCCAACUGUCUCCCCACCUCCUUCCUGCCGCCCCCAGAGAGCUUCGACGCCGUCACGGACUCUGGGAUUGAGGAGGUGGACAGCCGCAGCAGCAGCGACCACCACCUGGAGACAACCAGCACCAUCUCCACCGUGUCCAGCAUCUCCACCCUGUCCUCCGAGGGCGGGGAGAGCAUGGACACCUGCACAGUCUAUGCAGACGGGCAAGCAUUUGUGGUCGACAAACCCCCCGUGCCUCCCAAGCCAAAAAUGAAGCCCAUAAUUCACAAAAGCAAUGCACUUUACCAAGACGCCCUCAUGGAAGAGGACACGGACAGCUUGGCUGUCCCCCCACCCGCCCCGCCUCCCCCGCCGGGAGGCGCCCAGCCUGGGGCCACGAAGGUCAUACAGCCAAGGACCUCCAAGUUAUGGGGGGAUGUCACGGAGGCCAAGAGCCCAAUCCUCUCAGGCCCCAAAGCAAACGUUAUUAGCGAAUUGAACUCAAUCCUGCAGCAAAUGAACCGAGAGAAAUCGGCAAAGCCGGGGGAAGGGUUGGACUCAGUGACCGGAGCCAAGGCCAUCGGCCCCACUACCAGAAGCCCGGAGGUCAUGAGCACUGUCUCAGGGACACGGAGCACGACAGUCACCUUCACUGUUCGCCCUGGCACCUCUCAGCCCAUCACCCUGCAGAGCCGGCCCCCAGACCACGAAAGCAGGACCUCAGGAACAAGACGGGCCUCCAGCCCUGUGGUCUCACCAACAGAGAUCAGCAAAGAGAUUCUGCCCACCCCUCUGUCUGCCGCUGCCGCAUCUCCCUCGCCCACUCUCUCAGAUGUCUUCAGCCUUCCAAGCCAGCCCCCUUCUGGGGACCUAUUUGGCUUGAACCCAGCAGGGCGCAGCAGGUCGCCAUCUCCCUCGAUCCUGCAACAGCCAAUCUCAAACAAGCCUUUUACAACUAAACCUGUCCACCUGUGGACUAAACCAGAUGUGGCAGACUGGCUGGAAAGUCUAAACUUGGGUGAGCAUAAAGAGACCUUCAUGGACAAUGAAAUUGAUGGCAGUCACUUGCCAAACCUUCAGAAGGAAGACCUAAUAGAUCUUGGGGUGACUCGAGUCGGGCACCGAAUGAACAUAGAAAGGGCUUUGAAACAGCUGCUGGACAGAUAAGAAUGGCUGCUCUGCACCUUUACAGACUUCUUGUUAUAAGUAGAGAUGGGCUUAUGCUGAAAUGUGUGGAUGGCCAAGCAAGGUCUGUGAGUGCCCGCCCCACUCCACGGGCCUGUCUCCUGGUACCGAGAGCAAUGCUGUGUGUGUCCCUGGUGUGGCUGAGCCAUGACCAUGAAAUGCCUGGCGCUCUAUGCCGGGUUCCUGGACUGUUUCUGUAAAGCAGGGUAUAAGGGGAGGGAGAUUUUCCAACAUGUAAAGAGAUUCCCAGCCUGCCUCCGGCUUGCCGGUGGCCUCACUUCGCCAGGUCCAAGAGGCUCCCUGCUCAUUUCACGCAGGGCCCUCCCUGUUGUGGGCAGACACCAGUGUACUCCAGAUACCUCCUGGGGCCCACCUCCUCUGCUUCCUGAGCAGCCCUCACCACCCCAGGCCUCAGCCUAAGGCCCUUUCUCAUUUUUGUGUCCUCUCAGAGGGCACUCGAUGCUCACUUGCUCCUUUUUCUUUCCCAGACGCAGUGAGAUGGCCCCCAGAUGUGUUCAUCUGGUGCCCCAUCUUGGGCCUGAAAGGUAGAGAACCCUUUUUAUCUAUAGAGAUUCUUUACCCCACCUUUUCCUGCCACGUGCACCCCUGGCUCCGCAGCCAGAGCUUCCAGGCAGUGGUGGGGAGCUGGAACAAGAUCGUGCCCAGCUUUCCUUGGCUUUAUUUCUUUAUGUCUACAGAUCUAUUAGCAUAAGUCCAAGGUGGCCAGACAGAUGUCACAUAGACUUAGACAAAGCACAAAGUCACAAUUCUAGGAAGGAGAAGAGACCUGGCCACGGGAACCAGCCAGGGUGCAGCUGCCUGGGUCCGAAGUCUCCUCAAGAACAGGAGCCAUUUGUCUGCCAGGACUACCUAGCCAGGACUGUAGAGAAGGGGGGUUUCUCUGCCUUUCCACGUUUUUGUAAUGGAAGGUGACAGAGCUCUGCAGAGAUCAGAGGAGGCGAGCAGCCACUCUGACAUGAAGGACAAGAAACGAGGUUGAUGAUGGGCUUGUGCUGCUGCCGCCAAGGCAGUACCUCCCCUGGGAGCUGGGUGCACCACGGUGUCUUCAGUUCCAAGCCGGCCAGAGGCAAGGCUCUCCCAAGACAGGCCUCUAGCUGUCCAAGACCAGGGAAGAUGGGUUUUUUCCCAUCCCUUAGAGGCUUUUUCCCAUCCCUUAGAGGCUUUUUCCCUCUAGAUGUCCAGGAAUUCCAGGUUCUUUGAGGACCCUUUGGGUAUGGAGUGUAGACAGGACCCAGGGGUUGAUAAGAGGUGGAUGAAAAGCAGAUAAAUGAAGGAAGGAAAAGCAGGUCUCCUGGACUGCCAACCCUGCAUCUCUUGAGCCCUGUCCCAGUCUUUGCCCUGGAGCCCCUCCUCCCCUGCAGCAAUACCUCAAAUUUCCAAGGGAGGCCAUCAGUGCACAUAGACAGCAAGACAUCCAGGCAGGAUCCCGGCACAUUCUCCCAAGUUUGGAAGGCACUCCAAUGUCAGGGUUAUGGUUUUAUUAUGAUUUCAGAACUAGCCCAGCCCAUCUCUAAUUAUACAAUGUAGGGUUUUUGUGUUUUUUUUCCUUUUUCUUUUCUUUAUGCUCACGGUCAAGUGUCUGAUUAGGUCUGGAACAGCCCUAGAAUGAAUAUGUAAAAUUUAGCAAUUUAAAAUCUCUUUCUUUACUGCAAGUUUAAAUAGCUGUACAGAUAGUUUAUAAGCACAAUAUUUUAAGAAAAAAAAAGUGGCUGGUCUACUAGGCAGCCUUUGUGCCACUUCAGUGCUAGAAAGUUAAAGAAAAAAAAACUUUUGUGAUUUAAUAAUACUAUUUCUGUGGAAUAAUUAUAAAAGUAUGACCUUUUUAAAUCAACCUUAUUUGGAUGCAUCUGAACCAGCAGAGCUGUGUUAUAUUUUCUAUCUUUGCUAGAACUUCGUCAUCGAAGGACAAUUAUUUCUUCAAAAGUGGUUACAAUUCACAAUGCAGCAGUUUCUCUGAAAACAAAACCAAAACACACACACACACACACACACACACACACACACAACUUUUCCAGCCACAUGCCCCUGAUUUGGAAAGCAAGUCUUGGGACCUUCUUCUGUUCCAAAACCUUUGCAGGUCAAUGUUUGUAUCUGAACGAUUCUAUCCCACUUGAAAUCAAUUGACUAUUAAGGCGCUUUACUUCAGUGUACCUUCCAUUUUCCCAUCACAAGGAGAGCAAAUAUUUCUCUAGAGAAAUUUCAGCCUAGAAACCACAGGUGGCCUGCCAAGGCUGCCCGAUAUUUCAGAAAAUGUAAAGAUGGUGGUUCAGCCAUUACUGCAAAAUUCACAAGUAAACCACUUCAUCGUGGCUCUUUUUUCCUUUGCCCGUAGUUGGUGUUGCCUCUAUGCUCAGUGCCAGGCAAAAGGCUAGAUAAAAUGAGAGGAAAAGAAACCCCUGGCAGGCUGUAGUCAGCCACAACCUGGUGGCUUUGGGCACACUGAAAUCUAGCAGUCAGGGAGAGCUGGCUGUGGCUCCCUUCCUUCAAGUGCCAUUAAGCUACACAAAGCUGACCACAAGAAAGCAGGCUGAAAGGCUGAAGAGCUAAGGAAAUCACUUCUUUAUACAUUGUCCUAUUACGGUAAAGUAAUAGGGCCUAGCAGAACCUGCACUGACCAACACACUAAACAUGCAUUGCCAAGAUGAACCGGUCUCUAGCUCUAUUUGAUUAUUUUGCUCCAGAAAGCAAUAGUUCCUCAUUGAAAUCGCUGCCCACUGUUCUCCCCCUUUGGGACAGAUUAGGACCAGGCCCUAUUCCAUGACCCUCUUGGAACAAAUGUUAAACUGCUCAUAUAAAGAUCAUGUUAAUAGUAUUCCAGGUUUUAAGACCAACUUUUGUUAUAUACUGUAAUUUAAAUAAAUUGCAUUCCCAUGCCUAGUUUCUGUAAUAUUGUGUAUACAAGACCAAAAUCUCUCAAGAUGUAAAUUAUGUAUACCUGCCAAGAUACCUUCUCUGGGGUGUCUGUGCACAUUUUAAUUCAUGGAAUAUUAAAAUGACUUAGUGUGACUGUUGAUUUGCUGAACUUUACAUAUCACAAAUUCUUUGUGGUACUUAAGUUAAUAAAAUGAUUUUUUUUUUCUGAGUCCUUGAACAAGCAAGCAUUACCCAGUUGAUCUGGCAAUGACUUCAUGUGGGGGUCACAAAUAUUGAUUUUCCCAUUAAAUUUUUUCUGUUUCACACUAUAGUUUGUGUAAAAACGGGUGUUGGCAUUAUCUAUGUUGCUGUUAUUUUGUGCUUUUAUUCUUUUUAGACUUCAUUUAAAAAAAAAAAAACAAGCUCCUGUAAUCUGCACUUUCUCCCAAUCCUUAAAUCUCUUGUAU